CCAAAUAUACACCAAACACCUCCAAAAAAAAAAAUUCAUUCUUUCUUUCUUUCUCUAUAUAUCUCUAAUUCAUAACACACAAAAAUACUUAUAUAUACAAAUACAUACACAUAUACAAACAUCGUAUAUAUCAAGUAACAGAGAGAAAAAAAAAUCCUCUUUUUCCUCCUUGAUCGGAGGGUCGCCGUCUUCAAUAGGAUAUGGACGGUGGUGAAGAGAUGACGGCGGCGACGGCGGAUGCGAGAGGGCUGAAGAAAGGGCCAUGGACGGGGACGGAGGAUGCGAUCUUGAUGGAACACGUGAAGAAACACGGCGAAGGUAAUUGGAACGCCGUGCAGAAGAACACAGGCUUGCUCCGGUGUGGGAAAAGCUGUCGUCUACGGUGGGCGAAUCAUCUCCGACCAAAUCUGAAGAAAGGAUCUUUUAGUCCUGACGAAGAGAAGAUCAUCAUCGAGCUUCACGCUAAGCUGGGUAACAAAUGGGCUCGUAUGGCUACUCAGUUACCUGGACGAACAGACAACGAGAUCAAGAACUAUUGGAACACAAGGAUGAAGAGAAGACAACGAGCUGGUUUGCCUCUAUACCCUCAUGAGAUUCGUCAAGGAAUUGAUGAUGAUCAUCAUAAUGAUGAUGAGUUUGAGUUUGAGUUUGAUUCCUUUCAAUUCCAAAACCAAGACCUUCAAAACCACCAAAACAUGAUCCAAUACACCAAUUCCUCAAAUACUUCAUCAUCCUCGUCUUCAUUCUCUUCUUCGUCUUCUCAACCUCCAAAAAGGGUGUGUUUAGAUCCCUUAAUCUCUACUAAUCAAGGCCUAGACGAGCUCCCCGCUACUCCGAAUUUUCAAAUGUUCUCUCUUUCCGAGAACAACGAUACCCUUGUUGACGUUGAGGAUGACAAUAACCACUUUGCUUUCUCUCUUCCUUUGUCAUCAUCCGCAUCCUCGAAUGAGUUGUGCAGUCCCGACCAACUUCUUGAGCUCAUCUCCGAGAAUUCGACCAGAAACAAGAAAGACAUUGAUGCUAUGAGUUUCAGUUCGUUGCUUAUGGGAGAUCAUGAGAUGGGAGCGAGCUUUUUCCCUUUAGGACUAGACAAUGCCGUCCUAGAGCUUCCUUCGAACCAAACACCGAGUCACUCGCUCACUUCUAAUACCAUUCUCGACAACGGUGUCCCUUAUAAUCCACCUCCGACCAACAGUGGAUUGCUUGACGCCCUCGUGGAGGAGGCUCAAGCCUUGUCUCGUGGCGGAAUGUUCAAGGAUGUCAGGGCUUCUUCGAGUAAUCUAUGUGAGAAUCAAGACAAACCCGUGGAGAUGGAGUUUGAGAAUCGGCUAAACUCUUCUCAUCAAUCAUCUUUCGAGAUGCAAACCGAAGCCUCAAAUCUUGCUUCGCCGAGCGGAAUGUUUGUCGGAAACCAUCAAGGUAACAACAUGGCGGAACCAUACAACGCUCCGCCUUCGUCCAGUGUAGAUCCUAUAGCCUCGUUGGGGUCAUGCUUUUGGGGCAACAUGCCUGGAAUCUGCUAA